GACGCGAUUUACGUCAUAUCAAAACCAUAACAUCUGUUGGCAAGACAACUUGUAGCUAGGUAGUUAGCCACCUAGCUACAUCACUAGCAGCAGCUAAUUUUGUAUAUAUUUUCCCAUUACCUUAAGUCAGGGUGGCGAAACAGCAGCUGCACAGUUUCUCUCCUGGCCCUGUCGAAUCUGAGCAACAGUCAGGAUAGGGAAGCAAAGUGGAGAGGCAGCUGCCGCUGGUGCAGCAAGCCUGGUGGACAAAAUGUCAGAAAGCCCAGAGAAAAGUGUCUCGGUGUCGGCUCAGGAGCUGAAGGAACAGGGCAACCGCCUGUUUCUGAACCGCAAGUACCUGGAGGCAGCUGCCUGCUACAGCAAGGCUAUAACCCACAGUCCGUCUGUCCCAGCAUACUAUACCAACCGAGCACUGUGCUACGUGAAACUGCAGCAGUAUGACAAAGCUCUGGCAGACUGCAGACACGCUCUGGAGCUCGACAGCCAGUCAGUCAAAGCUCACUUCUUCAUGGGCCAGUGUCAUCUGGAGAUGGAGAACUAUGAUGAAGCCAUCGGCAACCUGCAGAAAGCUUAUAACCUGGCAAAGGAGCAGCGUCUGAACUUUGGUGAUGACAUUCCCAGCGCUCUGCGGAUCGCUAAGAAGAAACGUUGGAACAACAUGGAGGAGAAGAGGAUCAACCAGGAGAGUGAGCUGCACGCCUACCUCACCAAGCUCAUCCUUGCUGAGAAAAAAAGUCUGCGUGGUUUAAUCUGCAGAGAACUGGAGGGCUGCCGACAGAAACAAGAGGACAAAUCAGACGACAGCAGAAUUCAACACAAUCCAAACGAGAUCCGCACAAAACAUGACAAGUAUCUUUCAGACAUGGAGGAGCUGUUCUGUCAAGUAGACGAGAAGAGGAAGAAGCGAGAGAUCCCGGACUUCCUGUGUGGAAAGAUCAGUUUUGAGUUGAUGAGAGAGCCUUGCAUCACUCCCAGUGGAGUCACUUACGACAGGAAAGACAUUGAAGAGCACCUGCAGCGAGUCGGCCACUUUGACCCAGUGACACGCUCUCCACUCACCCAAGAUCAGCUCAUCCCAAACCUGGCCAUGAAGGAAGUCAUUGAUGCUUUUAUUUUGGAGAAUGGAUGGGUGGAGGACUACUAACCAAUGAGAGCAGAGAAAGGGAAGUGAUUCUGAGCAUUUCAGAGGGGCUGUUGGUCUUUCCUUGGUUUAAUUUAAAUUUAGAGUUUAAUAAAAGUUGAAACACAUGAUAUGCUCCCUUAAACUUAAAUGCCUUGUUACAGUUUGAUGAUCUGUGUCAUGUAGAAAUCAGACUCCAGAGCAAAGAAAACCCUGUGUGAUAAAGUGAUUUGCAGAAGGAAGAAAGAGAAAAGAAGAAGCGAGAAUAUAGAAAACCAAGAGAAGUGAAUGUAAAACCCACAAAAUCAAACUUAAAAAACAAAGAAAAAGCCAAAGAAAAGUCUUAAGAUGCAUCACUAGAGGUCACUGUUUGUUAAACCUGGAAGAAGUACUCAGAAGUGGCAAAACUCUGUUAGAAGUAAAUUGUGCAAAAAACUUCAAAAGUAGAAGUACUAAUUGUGCAGAGUGCUAUAUUAUUAUAUUUAUAUUAUUAUUAUUAUUAUUAUUAUUGUUAAUGCAUUGAUAUUCAGCUAAUUUUAACUAUAUUAUACUGUGUUUGGUGUUUUAGUUAAUAACAAUGCAUUCUUUUUGUGAGUUGUCUUUGUGUUUUGUAUUUAAAAUCCUAAUUUUAAGAGUACAGUGAGAUCAAAUGAAAAUACAUAAGUAUAAUACAAGUACUUGCAAAACGGUACUUAACAGUACUUGAGUAAAUGCAUGUAGUUACUCUCCACCAAGGCUUUAGUGAGUUAUUAUUACUGCUAGACAUAGAUUUGAACAAAGAUGCACUUUAAGUUAAAUUCUCAAAGUUGAAGGGUACAAAUUUGAUUUGUAUUGAAAGUACUCUGGAUUCUGAAAAAUGCAACAGCCAAAACUUACCAAGCUCAAUUUAUUAAGUUUAAAGUUAUCAGACAUACAGUAAUCUCCGUGUGAAUAUGUAAAUAUUUUUUAAUUUAAUAGAUUGUCUGUUGGACACAAUAUGUAUCCUUCUUUACUGAAAAGUCCAUUCUCUGCCAUGUUUCAUACUGGACUAUGAUUGGCUCAAGACUAGAUGUGAUGUCAUAAAUUCCUGCAGGUAAGCCCAGGUGUUGAACUGAGAUUGAAGAUGAGCCCAGAUAAGCUUUCCUCCUUCAGCUGAUAGAUGUGGAAACAAAGUGUACAGACAUCAUAGAAAAACAAAUACUUUAAGAAAUUAGAUUAAUAAGUAAUAAAUAAGAAACCUGUCAAACCAGUUCAUCAACAGUUCAUAUCAAUUAAAUUCAUGAUUUCCAUUUACAAGCAGUGAAAUGUAAACCUGAUCUAAAAACGCAGAGAUUAAUAAAGGUCAGAUUUCAGUUUUUUUAUUGUCUGAGGAACAACAUAAAACUAAACCAUGAUUGUUCAACAGCCCCUCUUUGUUACUGUUUACUGGGACCAGUAAAACCAACCAGUAGGACCAGAUAGAGCUCGACAGCACUUCUGCUGUCAUGUUUGUGUGAGCAUUUUUCAAUCAGCUCUGAGUCUUGAGGAUUUGUCAUUUCAUUUUGAUACCGCUGUUUCCCACUACUCAACAAUUACUGAUCUGUGUCAUUGAAAAUAACUCAGUAUUGAUUAUCAGUUAAUAUAGUAAUCCAUGCUGCGGUUUAGAGAGUGAUCAAACUGCUGACUUUAAUCAGAUUACUCACUAAAAGUAAUCAGAUUGUAUAUGAAAACUGCACUGCUGGUGCUGAUCAUCAUUUAGAGUAAAUGCGGAAGUGUUGUGUUUGCUGGCAAACUAAAAGAGGGGAAUUUGUAGUGUUGCAGCUUAAAGAGAGUUUUUGGGUUGUAGAGAGAAACUCAUCAGUUGGUGGAAGGACCAGUUUUUGUUGUAAAUAAUCACUUAAUUAAGAUAUUACUGAGUUUUCAGAUUAAUUUCUCUUUUUUAUGAAUGGACUCCGGUGCAACUUUUUCGUGCAACUAUUUUUGUUGCUUGUUUUUGCUUGUUUUUUUCCCUUUGUUGAUUGUUGUCUUUUUUAACUGUUGGUAUUGCUGUGUAUUAAAGCCAAGUGUGCACAUAUAUCAGUUAUUUUACAAUAGUAUGAGACAAGCUGCGCUCUCAUACUCAAACCUGAUUUCAACAGCCUGACAUGAUUGGUUCAGUGUGUUUCAAUUUGUUUUAGACAGUAUUGUAUAUUUGAAACGUUUCUGUUUAAAUGUGACAAUUGCAAUCCAGCUUUGACUCAAUCAAGUUAAAGUCUGAUCUCUUUCUAAAAUACUGUAAUGUUAACUGAAGGAAUCAGAUUUACUUCUUAUGUUUCGUUUUCCUCUCAGAAAAACUUUGAUCAACCUGCUGCAGACAGAUGUUUGAAAGUGUUGUGAUAAAAUAAAUGUUUCAUGUUUUCUACA